UCGUCGCGCCAUCCGAACAUCAUCCGACUUGACGGUCGCUCCUCCGACGGGUGUUUUUUUUGAAAUUUAUUUUUGUGGUAAUUUUUUUGCGCUUUUUUUGCGAAUUUCGGGCACGACGAGUACGAAUUUUUGCGAUUAAAAAACGACAAAAAAAACCAAUCCAUCGUUUACACCGCGCUUGCGCCGUUCGCGUCCGGUUUUACUUUUGCCAAUUUUUGUUUGUUUUUUUUUUUGUACUCAAUUUUUUUUCACCGAACCCCGUGCGUUAUUAUCAAUUGUUUAUUAUUACUGCGUAUUGUCGUAUUGGCAUGGUAGGCUCGUACGAAUCGGUGUCGGACAUAGCAUGGAACUGUCGCCGGUGAACUGUCCGUCGUCGUCGCCUCUCCGUGAUCAGAUCGUACCGGAUUCCUGUAACGGCAACAAUUGGACUAGCGAACAGUUGGACUUUAAUUGGCAAAUGCAGUUUCUAAACACGUUACUCUAUGGGUGCGACAAACUGGAAGCAAAGGCCGAGGAGAAGCAACGGGUUACCGGCAUGGAUCACAAAUCCGCGUGGCACUGCAACGCGCCGAACAAGAGUCCAGACUUCGAUUCCAUGUUGCAAGGACUCAUGGUCGAAGACCAACACGUCAUUAAGUCCAGAACGGAGCCGGUGAUGUGCGAUUUCUUCGAGGCGACUGGGCUGGCCACCAGGCCCGGCGACCAGAACUUGAGCAACCACCACCCGGACGAUUCGCAGGAGGCACCGUGGUUCGAGAUGAACGAAGUGGUGGAUCCGAACAUGUUCUCGCCGUUGGACGAUCAGUCGUUGCAGGUCACCCACGUCAAGGUGGAAGCUCCCGAAGCCAACAGUCCCGAAUACCAGAGCGUGGCCAGCCCGGGACUGUACACCCCGUCGUACUUGCACGUGCACUACCACCACCACGACCACCACCACCAACAGCACCACCACCAUCACGGGUACUUCCCGAGAGUCGCCCCCAUGACGCCCCCCAUAUCGGAGCCGGGAUCUCCCGGCAAACGGCGAACGCCGCCGCCGCCUUAUCCCGUCCGGACAAACGUCCAGAGGACCAUGAAGUUCAACCGCAGGAACAACCCCGACCUGGAGAGGAGGCGGACGCACCAUUGCAAUUUUGGCGGUUGCAACAAAGGAUACACCAAAAGCUCUCACCUAAAAGCGCACCAAAGAAUACACACCGGCGAAAAACCGUACAGGUGCACAUGGUCGGCGUGCGAGUGGAGCUUCGCCCGGUCCGACGAGCUGACCAGACACUACAGGAAGCACACGGGCGACAAACCGUUCAGGUGCGAAGUUUGCGAACGGUGCUUCGCCCGGUCCGACCACUUGGCGUUGCACAAGAAACGCCAUCAACCCAAAAGCGUGCAACAGCACCAGCAGCUGGAGCUUCCCAUGGUGGCCGCCGCCGUCAAAGCCGCCGUCGACCCGCAACAUCAGCUGGGACAACUCCAACACCAUCAGCAGCAGCAGCAACAACAACAACAACAACAACAACAACAACACCACAACCACAACCCCCAUCAGCAACAACAACAACAACAACAACAACAACUACAACAGCAACAGCAAAAACACACAAUGAUGAUGCAGCUGAACGGUGGCGUAGCUUCCGUCGGUGACGCGUCCGUCAGGCAAAUGGUUCCGGUUUGAUGUGUAAUAUGUUUCCUAUGGGCUGUGUUUCUUUUUUCGGGUUAACCGAAUCAAACUUAAUGUAAAAAAAAAAAAGAAAAAAUAAGAAGAAGAAGAAGAAUAAACACUCGAGUCGGCGUUUCCGUUUCCGGGCGACAAGUGUUUUGUCGUUUUUGGUUAUUUUUUUUUUUUUUUGUUGUUGAUUUCUGCACUGGGGCUUUUGACCCGCCGCGCCGUUUUCGGUCUGCAUACAAUAUACAGGAAUUUUUCGUCGACAAUGACACCUUAACGAACGGCCAUUGUGCGGUGUAUAUUUAUAUUUAUAUAUAUAUAGUGUGAAAAAAGUUAUUAUUAUCAUUACCAAGCGUAAUGGCGAGAGGAAACAAAAAGAACGGAUAAGCGACGGGCAACAAAAAAAAAAAAAAAAAAAAAACGGCUUCGGGGCGACCUCGUCCGUUCGGGUCAACUCCAGCACACAAGCGUUCCUAUUCAAUUUCUUGGAGUACAUAAUAUACAUGUAUAAUACACAGUAGUAGGUAUACUAGCAUGAUAUAGUGUAGAAAAUAGUAAUAGUGGUAGUACAAGUAGUAAUAUGGAAUAUUAAUAAAUAAUACACAUAGUACUCGCACAAUACACUAUGUUCAAGUAGGUUUUAUUCAUAUUAUUAUUAUUAUAUAAAUACUUAUUAGCGACCGGUUGUCUGUAAUAUGGUGGCCCCACAAGCUAUAUUAUUAUAUUAUAUUAUAUUUAUUGUCCAAACGAUAAUAACAUGUAACAAGAAAAUAUGUCUCCUAUUAUUAUUAUUAUAUUUAAUCGUCAUCUCCGCGUGUGAUUAAUGAACACUUUACAUUAUGUACACUUAACGCAGCGCACAAUGCCAAGCUGAUUAAUAACGGAUCGCCACCAGAUAUAGCAAACCUAAAUAUUAUGUACAUCUAUAACAAUCUAUUACUCACCUCGCUCUAGUGUUAAAUGUCCUUUUGAGUCAUCUUGAAAAAUAUCUACUAAUGCGAUUCUUAGCCUACACGCAUAUCGUUUCCUAUGUGUAUAAUAAUAUUAUAGUAUAAUAUUUUAGUUAUUGUGUAUGCGUUUUGUAUUAUUAAAACAUUUUUUUUUUCUCGAUAUUUUUGUUGCAAAAAUAAUUCAUAUCGAGCCAGUACAUAAAUAAUUUAUAUUAUUGUAAAAAAAAAACCCACAUUAAUAUUCGAAGCCAAAUCGAACGGGAAAAGCUUUAUUCCGUUACAUUACUACUUUUGGUUUUUAUUUUCACAAGUUGUUCAAUUUUGUAUUUAUAUUAUUAUUAUUAUUGUUUGCCAGAAUACCAAUAGUUGAUAGUGUCGGCCCUUACCGUCGACGUUAGAUGUAAAAAUAAAAAACAAAUGUCUACAAUAUGUUAGUUGUUAGUAAUUUCAGAGUAUUAUAUGUACAUAAUAUUAUUAUAAUACGAUAGCUUUAGAGAAACACACAUUUCCUCAUAAUGUAAAUAGUAAUUAUUAUAAUUUUGUAAUAUACCUAUGUAGGUUAUCAUUAACGGCGAAACCGUAUUAUAUAUUAUGAAAAAUGUUUUUGUACAAUUUGUUAUUUUGUUAGAGUUUUUAAAACCCCACUAUAGGUAUUAUUAACUUUACUGUAAAGUGCAUAUAACAUGGGCACUCGCCUUCGCCAUCUUGCUCUCCACCAACAACAUGUUUCACUCUUUUUGUAACGUUUCGUCUGUUUGUUAUUUUUUUAAUUGUUUUCCAAAUUCGAUUUUUAUUUUAUUAAUAUUGUUUUCGUAUACUUUUUUUUCUAAACCGUUUUACCGUUUUAUGACGAUGCACUAUGAACAUAAUAUUAUAUUACAGUACUAAUAGUUUAUUGUGUAGAGCACUCGAAGUACACUUAUUAGAAUUUUUGUCUCUUACCUGUUUUCAACGCGAAUGCUAAGAGAAUAAAUAAACCAAAGAUCGUCUCCGAGCAAACAAUCAGAAUCAAAGUAAUAGUUUAUUAUAUAUAUUUUUUUUUUUUUAAUAGAAUAGCGAACCACAGUCGUCUGAUCUCAUUAUUCAAAACCAAAAUCCAUUUACAAAAGCGAUUUUGUGUAUGUUGAAACAAUAUAAUUAUUAUUUUUUAAUAAUAACAUAUCAUAAUAACAUUUUAUACGCAGUUAUUAUUAAUAUAUAAAUAUAUAUAUAUAUUUUUUUAUUCGUUUCAUAAAACCCAAACUUUCAGAUAAAUUAGUAUUCCGUU